AUGAGGGCGCGGGCAUGGCGCGGGCGCGGCCGUGGCUGUGGCGCCCCGUCUCCUGGCGCCGCCUCGUCCGGGCGCGGGGCUGCUUCUCCUGGCGUUCCCUCGCUCGCAUCGCUCCCCACCAGCUACUUCGCUUCGUACGGGGCGCUUCUUCCGAGCCUUCCCCAACCUCGUGCCCCGUGGGCUGCGCCAAAUGCCGCGGGCGUUCUAGGCCCACGCCCGCCACCACCUCACCAGGCCUACCCGGUGGCCACCGAGGCCUCCUCCAGCGAGUCAUCUUGGGAGCAAUACAACCAGCUUUACGCGGCACUUCAGAACCUCUCCAUUCAGCAGCAGCAGGCCGGCGACGCGCCGGACUGGUUCCUCGACACGGGCGCUACGUCGCACAUCCCUGGACCUAGCAACGGGGAAAAUAAUUCUGAGAUCCAAUAG